UAGUAAUGGCGGUUAUCCUGGGUAUAGUAGAGGAGGGUUUUGUGAAUGACUGUAGACUGUUCCACACACACAUCCUGGGGUACCUGGUCAUCCUGACGUUAUGUAUCCUGGUGGAGGGGUGUGUGGUCUGGGUCGCCAUGAAGGGAAGUAUCCUCUACACAGAACCCAGGGACCCCAUGCAAUAUCUGCUGUACAUUAGACUAGUUAUUCUGCUGGUGGAGUUUGUGUGGUCAGUGGUUGGAGUGGUGUGGAUCAUCCAGUACUACAACGACUGUCCAAGCAACAUGGUCAAGAAAUCUGUACUGGGCAUCAUAAUCUGUGAUUGGGUCAUCUUCUUCUCGGUUCUUGUCACCGCAUGGUGCGUUUUCGACACGGCGGGCAGAAAUUGGGUGAAACUGAAACGCUGCAAGCGGGAGAUCAAACGUACCGACACUCAUGUCUGGAGGACAAAACUUAACCAAAGGCUGACCAUGGAGGCAUAUGAAGCCAGCUGGGAACACAGGUGCAAACUGCUGUGCUGCUGUGCUGGGGUGCAGGACAAUCAACAGCAUGCCUUUCAGGAGAUCGCCCGUCUGCUGUCUGAGUUUUUCAUCGAUGUUGACCUGGUGCCGUCCGACGUGGUCGCUGGGCUGGUCCUACUCCGACAGCAGCAGAAACAUCAGCGACAAAUGAUCGUUGGACAGCACAGUAACGACACUUACCAGUUCCUGUCAGGAGUUCCCAUCAACCCUCGCACCAAGUUUGUACAGCUCAGCCGACCGGAGAUACUGGAACAAUUUAAGGAAGUUGUGUACUACAUGAGGUAUGCCCUGGCUGCGUAUGGAUGGCCUCUGUACAUCUACACCCAUCCAGGUGCAGGAGCAUGUCAACUUCUCAAAUUCUGCAGCUGUUGCUGUUGCCAGUGUUGCCGUAAACAUGACGAUGAAUGCACGCUGGAACAUGACAACUGCUGCCAGUGUAACCUGGCCGGACUGAAGCGCACACUGCACAACUAUGGACUGAGCAACACCGAGGUCACCUACGCUAACUUCCACUCAGCUGUGAAUGAGACUUGUUUCUUCGUGGCCAUCGACCAUGACAGGAAGACUGUAGUGGUGACUAUUAGGGGAACACUCUCUCUUCAGGACUGUCUGACUGACCUGACAGCUGAUGCAGAGUCCUUCAGAGCCUUCAGUGACGACUUUCCACAUGACUGGUACGGACACAGGGGUAUGUUAGAGUCAGCCGUGUACGUGAAGAACAAGCUGGAGGAACUGUUGCUGCUAGACUUAGCCUUCUCCAAACAGAUGGAUGAGGAGCAGUAUGGACUGAUCAUUGCUGGUCACUCCCUCGGUGCUGGUACUGCAGCAAUCCUGUCCAUCCUGCUCAAGAAGCAAUAUCCUAACCUGCGCUGCUUCCCCUUCUCUCCACCUGGUGGUCUACUCAGUAAAACUGCAGUUGAUGCUAGCAGGAGUUAUAUCACAUCCACUGUGGUUGGGAAAGAUGUCGUACCUAGGUGA